AUGCGGGCAAACCAACACAGACCUCCUCGAGGAGGAAUCUUCUCAUGGUGGCGCCAGUGGUCCAAGAGAGAGUCAACAAUCGCCGCCGUCAUACUCGCCGUUCUCCUCCUCACCUUCACCCUCUCUAUCAUCUCCAACUCACGUACAACUACAGAUACAGAUACAAUUUCAGAGUGGGUGCCCUUUACCCCUUCAAGCAAAGCUCAACAAAAUGCCGCCUUUUGUUUGGAUGGGAGUGUACCUGGGUAUCAUAUGCAGGGGGGAUUUGGAUCUGGAUCUGACAGUUGGCUUCUUCACAUUGAGGGUGGAGGAUGGUGCAAUACCAUAUCAUCAUGUUCUUCUCGAAAGAGAACAGCAUUAGGUUCGUCCAAAUAUAUGGACCGUGAAGUACAAUUUUUUGGACUUUUAAGCGACAACCCACUUCGAAAUCCUGAUUUUUUCAACUGGAACCGGGUAAAGAUACGAUAUUGUGAUGGAGCAUCCUUUUCUGGGCACCCUGAGGGUGAGUUGAAAAAUGGAACAAAACUUUUCUUUCGAGGCCAGCUUAUCUGGAACACACUUAUGGACGAGCUCUUAUCAAUUGGAAUGUCUACUGCUAGACAGGCCCUUCUUACAGGAUGCUCUGCAGGUGGUUUGGCCACUCUCAUACACUGUGAUGACUUUCGAGAGAUUAUGCCAAAAGAUGCUAAUGUCAAAUGUCUAGCGGAUGCAGGUUUUUUCCUCAAUGAGAAGGAUAUUGCUGGGAAUCACACCAUAGAGUCCUUUUAUCGCGAUGUUGUGCAUCUCCAGGGUGUUUCAAGAAGUUUAAAUAAGGAUUGUGUUGCUAGAUCAGAACCUUCUAAGUGUUUCUUUCCUCAAGAAUUUAUAAAAAGUAUAAAGACCCCAGUUUUCCUUGUCAACCCAGCAUAUGAUUUUUGGCAGAUAAGAAAUAUUUUGGUACCUGAUGCAUCAGAUCCUCAUGACAGCUGGCGUCAGUGCAGGCUAAACAUAUACAAUUGUAAUCCCAAUCAUCUUGAAGUGCUGCAAGGUUUCAGAAAUUCAUUGCUCAAGACACUCAGUGAAUUUCAGCAAAAUGAGGAAGCAGGGCUGUUUAUAAAUUCUUGUUUUGUUCAUUGCCAGACAUGGAUGGCCGAGACAUGGCAUUCGCCCACUUCUCCCAGAAUCAACAACAAAACAAUUGCAGAAUCCGUAGGUGAUUGGUACUUCAACCGAAAAACAGCAAAGCAUAUUGAUUGUCCCUUUCCCUGCAAUCCUACUUGCUAUAAUUUGGAUUUUGGCCGAGGGUGA